AUGAAAAAACAAUAAUUUGAAGAUAGAGUAUACAAAGUAGUGACUUUAGGAGAAGGAAGAGUUGGAAAGACAUCAAUAAUAACGAGAUUCUUUCAUAAUUCUUUUUCUGAAUAAACUUAAGAAACAUCAGAUGGAUAUUGUAAAGAGAAAACUAUGCAAACUAAAAAAGGUCCGAUAGAUUUGGCAAUUUGGGUAGUUGUGAAUAAAUAGACAAAUAGGAUACUGCUGGAUAAGAGAAAUAUCAUAGUUUAGCACCUCUUUAUUAUAGAAAUUCAGAUGCUGCAAUAAUAGUAUAUGAUACCACUGUUAAAGAAACAUUAUAAAAAGGAAGAUAAUGGAUUUAAGAAUUAAAAUAAUUUGCUGAAAAUGAUAAUAUGUUGAUGGUUAUUGUUGGUAAUAAAUGUGAUAUGCAUAUUCAUAAAGAUGUAGAAUAAUCAUGUAAUUUAUUUUAGAAAAUAUGAUUAGAGAUUGAUGAAUUGUGUAAUACAUAUAAUGCAAAACAUUUUGAAGUUUCAGCUAAAUCUGGAAAAGGAAUAUCUGAAGUUUUCAAUUAUUUAGCAGAUGGUAAUAAAAUAUGAAAUCUUAGAAUUAAUGUUUGUGAUUAAACAAAAAAAUAAAAGAAGCAAUCUUUAAUAAAGUACCAAGAAAUAAUCAUCUUAAGGAGGAUGUUGCUGA